UGGUUCAGGAUCAACGUUGCCUUAACUCGUCUAGUUUAGCUACAAGUUGUAAUUUUUAGGACCUAAAACUCAGAUAACAGUGUUCCUAAGGUCAUAUAUGAAGAGGAGUCCGUUUCUUCUUCUUCGGUGUUGUGGCCAUGGAGGGACGCUGUGUUGUCGAGACUUGGGCAGAGUUUGGCUUUUCAGGAACAUCAUGCUCACCGAGGGUCAUGUGUGGCUUAGGGACAGAUGUGUUUUUCUGCACCGGCAGCGAGGUGUAUGUCUUCAGCGCUCAGGAGAGAAAGCUCACGGCUGUCCUCCAGUUUCCUGGUCCUGUAAGUGACCUCGCUGACAGUCAUGACAAGCAGCUCCUCUACGUAGCCUGUCGGACUGGUGUUUAUUGUGUCAGUUUACAGUUGAUGCUGUCCAGAGCACAAAAGCCCCCAGCUGAUGCAUCCUCCUGUCCACCUGAGCUGAAAAUUUCCUCCGAGUGUCUUGUUGUUGCAGAAGAAGGAGUGUUAUCGCUGCUCCUCAUUGGCUCUGUGCUCCUGACUCUCUCCCAGAGGGGAACGUCCUGGAUGUUGACUCUGUACAAAUCCUCAAACUAUGAGACGCUCGGUUCAUUCAAAAGGGUCUCAGGAAUUGUGCACAAUGACACUGAGGGAAAGACGGAAACGAGAAGGACGUCUGUGCUAAUUUGUGUCCAUUGCAGUGAUGCAACGCCACCAUCCUCCCCCUCCACUUCCUCAUCAGAGGUGACUUUAAGUGAUGGCCACUUCCGCCUUGAGCCGGUCCUCUUUAAACUUCUGUUUGGAAUAGACGCGGCUCUCGCCAAAUCCCCUGUUGUUCUUUGCGGGCUGCCAGACGGGUGCCUGUGUUUCUUCCCUCUGCGACUCCCAGGAUCGCGGCUGCGAGUCCUGCACAGCCUUGAGCAGCCAGUCGUAUUUGUCGGAGCAUCUGUCAUCACAGAAAUGAGUGCAGGGCAUGCACAGUGUUUGGUGGCGGUGGGUGAACAAGGGAGAGUGGUGCUGAUCCAAACAGACAAAGCCGGGCCAGAGGGAGGGGGCAGCAGAACUGGUUUUAUUGAAGGGUGUGUGCCGGGGCCUGUGAUGUGUGGCUAUGUGGAUAAAAGCUGUCUUUACUACAGCACUGGAUCAGACCUGCUGAAACUGGAUCUAUCAGAGGGGUCGUCCGGGAGAGAAGGCCAAGAAAGGGAUGAGGUGACAUCCAGUAAGACAGACGCUGGCCUCCAAAGCCCCACCAGUUUAAAUGUGUGUAGAGUCGUUGCUUUGGCUGAACCUACAUACAACACUGCAGCAGGUAACGUUCAGCUGCUGGGGCUGUCUGCCAGAGGGCAGCUCCAGAUGAUUACCUUACCUGCAGGAAAAGAGGACGCAAGAUUGUCCAAGUUGCCUUCCACACAGGUGGGCCGCAGCGUCAGGGACGUCCUGUCUGCUAUCGGGGACGUCUGUGAAAGAGCAUCAGCGCUGAGAGCUGCCGUCAAAUCCAAAAACCAAAUUCUGCAGCACCUGAAUCAGGUGCUCAACAUCAGCUUCCUGCUGAUAGCCAAUAAGAAUGGAGAAGAGCACCUUUCCAUCCAGGAGAAGCCAAUCAGAUGUCAAGGCAUAACCAGCUGGAGCAGGUUGCUCCAAAAAGAGUCCCUGAACCUGACAUGUGUCCUGGAUAAUUCAAGUCCCUACAUUUUGGAGCGAGGCUGGACGCUGAGCAUCGCUGUGUUCCCUCUGUCCUAUCCUCCCAGUGCAGGAGGGCAAUGCUCCUCCACAAACUUUUCAUUCCCAUUUAACAAUCUCCAUCCAGGGGACACGUUGGAAGUGUCGCUGCCACUGGAAGCUGCAGGCGAUGCAUCCUUCCCCAUGACAGUGAGCUGCUCGCUCCUCUUUUGUCUGACAAGUCUCCUGGGAGAGGAGGCGGCAGACCUUCCUGGUCUGCAGAGUAGCUGCAUCAGUUUGCCCUUGAACACACUGACAGUGGACUGGUUGCAUGCGCUGCAGGUGAACAGUCCCAUCAGCACCCAUCAAAAGGUCACAUCUCAACCCAGCAACACAACAGAUACCAUCCAAGCUUUUUUAAGAUCAAGGGGGGGUGGAAAAGGGGAGCGAGGAGGAGAGAGUUCUUCAAAGCCGCAGCAUUCUGCAAGUAUACGGCUGUCGACAGAGCUGCUGAGGGAUACACUGAGAAGCUCAGAUUUGGAUGCUCAGGGGCCAAAGCUGGCUCCACAAAAUGUGUGCCUCUCUCUGCUGGAAUGGCUGCUCUCUGAAGGCCCUGGAAAAGUGAAGACGGGACACCAAGGAGACAAGAUUGCACUCAGAAGCCCAGUGGUCCAUGCUCGAUGUCCAAACGGACACACAGUCAAACUGACAGCAAAAGAGGUAAUUAUAGGGGAGGAGAGCAGGGGGGAGGAGGAGUCCCUGGCCACAGUGGAGCUUCAGGUUGAGAGCUCAUCAAUAGCAGCAGUGUGUGGACUGCACCAUGCUGCCCUGCGUCGGAUACAGACUCUGCUGCACAGGGCUCCUGAGAGGACUGCUGCCAAAAACAUGGUCCAGAGUUUAAGUUUAAGACAGACACUGCAGCGAGCUGAGCACCUGUUGCAGCAGAUCCAGCAAAGCCGAAUCUCGGGGGCCUUCGGAGUGGGCGAUUCCACAGGCCAGAUGACCCGAUCUCUUCUCAGUGUUUACCAAGAACUCAGAGAAAACCCUCUGCUCAUAAUUUAG